GCUGCGUGCAAUUUCAUCAAAUCUCACGUGGACUCCAGCAGUGUCGAUUCCCUCUUCUAUGCUGCACAGUCCAUCCGCGUCCUGUCUGGCUGCGAGGUUACCAUUUCAAACGAGACCAGGGAGCUGCUGCUUGCAGCUGUCAGUGAGGAUUCCUCAGUCACCCAGAUCUUCCACGCCGUUGGGGCCCUGAGUGCCUUUGGCCUUCCUUUAGCGUCCCAGGAAGCUCUUGGUGCGCUUACUGCUCGUCUUAGCAAAGAGGAAAACGUGCUGGCAACCAUCCAGGCUUUGGAGACGGCGUCUUACUUGUCCCAGCAGGCAGAUCUAAGUGGCAUUGUUGAGGAGAUAGAGGAUCUUGUUGCUCGCCUGGAUGACUUGGGUGGAGUUUAUCUGCAGUUUGAAGAAGGAAUUGAGACAACUGCACUGUUUGUUGCUGCUGCCUAUAAGCUGUCAGACCAUGUGGGCACGGAGCCAGCGAUGAAAGAGGAUCAAAUUAUCCAGUUGAUGAAUGCAAUCUUUAGCAAGAAGAACUUUGAGACACUCUCAGAGGCCUUCAGCGUUGCUUGUGCCGCAGGUGCUUUAUCCCGGAACCGCUACCACUUGCCUGUCAUUGUUGUGCCCGACGGGCCUGCAGCCGUGUCUCACCAUCAGCCCGUACUCAGGCUACAAGUGACUGACGUUAUGUCCCAGCCACUGACUCAAGCUUCUGUAAAGCUUGACUACGCCAAGUCUGCAUCUAGCAAAGCCACUGUCCUUCAGCAGACAACAUUUGCUCUGUCAGGAGAUGUCUUUGAGCUGGACUUCAUGAAUGUGAAACCUGCAAGUGGAUAUUACGAUUUCUCUAUCAGUGUUGAUGGAGACAAGCGGUUCAUUGCUAACAAAAUUGAGCUGAAAGUAAAAGUUUCCACAGAAGUUGGGAUUACUAAUGUAGAUCUUUCUACUGUGGAUAAAGAUCAAAGCAUUGCACCAAAAACAACCAGGGUAGCUUACCCAGCCAAAGCCAAGGGCUCAUUCACUGCUGACAGCCAUCAGAAUUUUGCUUUGUCCUUCCAGCUGAUAGAUGUGAACAGUGGAGCUGAACUCAUCCCUCACCAGACUUUUGUCCGACUUCACAACCAAAAGACUGGCCAGGAGGUCGUGUUUGUUGCAGAACCAGAUAGCAAGAAUGUGUACAAGUUUGAACUGGAUACCUCUGAAAGAAAGACUGAAUUUGACUCUGCCUCUGGUACCUACACUCUUUACUUGAUAAUUGGAGAUGCCACUUUGGAAAAUCCAAUCCUGUGGAAUGUGGCUGAUGUUGUGAUCAAGUUCCCAGAAGAGGAUGCGCCAUCCGCAGUCCAGUCCAAGAAUCUCUUUGUUCCCAAACCUGAAAUCCAGCACCUCUUCAGGGAACCUGAGAAGAGGCCUCCCACGGUGGUAUCUAACACUUUCACAGCGUUGAUUCUCUCCCCCCUGCUUUUGCUGCUCAUUCUGUGGAUAAAAAUAGGUGCCAACAUCUCCAACUUCAGCUUUGCUCCCAGCACCAUUGUUUUUCACAUGGGACAUGCUGCGAUGUUGGGACUCAUGUAUGUCUACUGGACUCAGCUCAACAUGUUCCAGACUCUGAAGUACUUGGCCAUUUUGGGUGGCGUCACAUUCCUGGCAGGCAACAGGAUGCUGGCUCAGAAAGCAGUAAAACGGACACACUAAUACCAGAAGAAUGGAAGAAAUGGGGAAAAACAAAGCAAAUGCCUUCAGAACGGAAGUGAAUAAAUAACUGAAAGACCAGAAGAAGGAAGGCAGAAGCAGAUUUUUUUUUUUUUUUUUUUUUACAUAGUAAGUCAAAAGGGUGCCAGUUACACUGUUUUUACAAUCUGAUUGUCAAUGUUGUGUUCAUGCUACUUGAGUGCUUUUCAUAUGAAUCUGGAAAAUCCUUUCUUCCCUGGAUCCUCCCCCCUUUUUCUCCCGGGACAUUUGAAUUUCCUUUAGAAAAAGAGGAAAAAGAAAAUACAAUUCUGCCUUUCCUCAGGUGCCCUCUCCUCAUACUAAACUAUUUGUGAAUAAAGAGGA